AUAAUACUUCAGUUUGACUAGUUCGCACGACCUGUCGAGUCGAUGUUGAUUGCACCUUCUGCUUCUGACAAAUCGUUGGCUGCUUUACAUAUGAAAAAAUGUGCCCUUUUCCUCUUUUAAAGUGCGUUCUUCUUCAUUUCGCUCCAAUUGGCGACCUGUUGGCUAGCUACCGACUUCUUAUCACUAUUCGCUUGCAUUUGCACAAUGAUCAUCUUGAGAUAAAUCUAUCACAGCCUGACCUUUAUCUUUUCUGUGACCAUGAAAUCUACACAUUCUGUUUCCACCGCUGCAAAUAUUUCUGCAUCAAAUCUUUGUAGCCUGGGGACAUUCGUUUGCUAAGAAAAUGACUUCUUGAAAUUACGCAAAGAUACAAGUGAGAUCAUCAGGACGACAUUUGGAAUGUUCGCGCUGCACAUACCGAGAGGAAGAUCUAGGCGCUCCUUCAUCGUCACACGCCCUAUUGUCUAUGUCGAAUAAAUUAAAGUUGCAUUUGUGCUCGAUCAAUAGGAGAGCCUUGAAUGUUUACGGCGCGCGAAAGGGCACGGUGUUUCUAAUCAAUAAGUCCACUUACACUUCAGUUAUCCAACGAAUUGCAGAAUCCAAGAGAAAAGUAUUUGACACGCAAAUUUGGAGGUGAAUUGCUAGU